GACAAUGCUGGUGUUUGUGCAACGGCCCCUGAGUGGCGGCUGGCUCUCUCAGAUCGCUCUCGCUUGACUACCAUUACUCCACGCAUUGUUGAAGUGAAAGGAAAGUAGACAGCUUGAUCCUGCCUGUGGGAUGCACUGAUAGAGCCUUUUGUAAAUGGUGGAUUCCAAAUGCUGUAAAAGAAUACCGGCAGUGGGUACAGGUGUGAGGCAUAAUACAAAGAAAGAGGCUGGCCAGACGACGAAAAUCUAACAUCUGUGGUUUUGACCACAACAACAAAGGGCGGCCACCUCCAUCAUUCCUGGAAGCAGGAAGUCCACUGAAGCCUCUCGUGGUGUUGGUGGUGUGGGUGGGCAGAGGAAGGGGUGAGUUGCGGUGAUAAGUUGGGGAAAGAGGAAAAAUUAGCCAAAGAGGAGGAGGAGGAGGAAGAGUGGGAGACGUCUGAGGUGGUGGAGGAGGAGCUGGGCCUGAACCUGGAGCCCAAACAGAAGCAGGAUGGCGGAGAAGCAAGUUAGCCUCCCCGCUAAGCUGAUUAAUGGGGGCGUGGCAGGGCUGGUUGGUGUGACAUGUGUAUUUCCUAUUGACCUGGCCAAGACCCGCCUACAAAACCAGCAGGGUGUCCAGGUCUACAAAGGCAUGUUGGACUGUCUGGCAAAGACGGUACGCUCAGAAGGCUAUUUUGGAUGCUACAGAGGUGCCGCAGUGAACCUCACACUUGUCACUCCAGAGAAAGCCAUCAAACUGGCUGCCAAUGAUGUCUUCAGACAGAAGCUCUCUAAGGAUGGGAAAUUACCCCUGUGGGGGGAGGUACUGGCUGGAUGUGGGGCUGGGACCUGCCAGGUAGUGGUCACAACUCCUAUGGAGAUGCUUAAGAUUCAGCUGCAGGAUGCAGGAAGGCUAGCUGCACAGAGGCCAGUCCCAACCUCAGCCCAGACUGCUGCUCCCGGUCCAGCUCCAUCACUGGUGGCCCCCUCACCAGCCCGGCCGGCCCCUCCACAGCGACCCUCAGCCACUGGCAUUACCUUGGAGCUGCUGAAGACUCGUGGUUUGGCCGGCCUCUACAGAGGGGCAGGAGCCACUUUAAUGAGGGAUGUCCCCUUCUCAAUGAUCUACUUCCCGCUGUUUGCAAAUCUGAAUGCUGUGGGCCGUGAUUGCCAGGGUGAUGUACAGAGCAGGGCCCCGUUCUGGCAGUCCUUCAUUGCAGGCUGCACCGCUGGCUCGAUAGCAGCUGUGGCUGUUACACCACUGGAUGUCAUAAAAACUCGGCUGCAGACCUUGCAAAAGGGUGAGGGCGAGGACACAUACAGAGGAAUUGUUGACUGCACAAGGCGCAUCAUGAGGAGAGAGGGCCCGUCCGCAUUCCUGAAAGGUGCAACGUGUCGUGCUCUAGUCAUCGCUCCGCUUUUUGGCAUUGCACAGGGUGUCUACUUUCUCGGUGUUGGGGAAACAGUGCUAGGUUUGCUGGGAUAGCGGUGCGAGACUAUGGUGGUGGCGGUAGUGUUGUCUCUGAAAGGAUAACUUGCUGCGUUUAUCUGCAGUGAAUGAAUGACCCAAUGAGUCUACACUAAAUCCAGAGAGAGGAGAAGACAGUCACAAUCUGCUAACCAAUGGGGAAAAGAAUGGUCAGAGUCUAUGAUAUGAGGAGGCUCUGUCUACUAAAAUGUGGACCAGUUGGUUCACACUAAUCACGAUUCUCUUUUACAUGCUGUCAGCAGGGUUCCAUGGGUUAAACAGGGUCCUGUGUGUGUACAGUGUGUGUGACUAAUGUGUCCCACGUCGUCUGGGUUGUCCUAGUAUGCUUGCUGCAAUAUGCUGUGCUGUUCCUUUCACCUGAAGGAGAUUGCCCUAUGUGUCUGUUAAGGGAGCUGCAUGUUGUUUGAGGCUGCUGACAAAAUGCCUACAAUCAGAACAUUUGUGUGGCCAUGCUGAAGAAGUGCGCAUCAUCCGAUGUAAGUGACAAACUCCCAUUUAUCAAAACUUGACAUUUGUUGAGAGACUGAACUAGGUACUUAGCAAAGCCAGUCACUUAGAUUUCAAUAUCUAAUGUCUUGAAAGCAGCCUAAGCUACUCCUGCUUACCCUGUUAUGUAUUCCUCCCACUCCAUCCGUGAGGUUUAAGUUGUAAUCUUGGAUUCCCUCACUGGAUAGGCAAGUGCUGCAUGUUGGUGUCUCUAAGGUCAUUUGUUAAUCUCAUGGUAAUGCUUUAAUCCCUGUAUUAGAGUAUAAUAUACCCUAACAGAGCUCACAUCCUGCCUAAAGGCCACAGGUUAGACUGUUGGACCUUUGUCUCAUAGCCUUGAUUUCCUCUUCUUACACCUUGCAAGAAGCCUAAGGCUGACUUCACUGCUUAGUUGUACGUUUCAAAAGUUGCUUCAAUCCAUGUGUGCACAAUAACGGAAGAAUGCAAUUAAAGCCUUAUCAUUGCUGAUAGUUUCUAAAAUACACAAACUAUGAGUCUUAAAUGAAUUCAGUGGAAUUGGUGUUAUUUGCAUUUUAUUUUGCUACUUUAAGUCCAAUUUAACAAGACAAUGUCAAAUGUUAGACCAGUGUAUGGCACUCUCUCUUGCCAACUGUUUGCCAUUACAUAAGUCCACUGGGUGGCACUAAAACCUUUUUUUUUACAUUUGUAAUGCCAGAAACAUUUUGGCUAGUGUAUCUCCUAGGCUACUAGAUUUUCCUCAUUAUAGAGAGAAUAUAGCCUGAAUAAACUGUUGCUUUAAAGCUGUAAAUAAAGAUAUCACUUAAAUGCUGA